AUGUCUUAUAAAGAGUGUGGUAUAAUUAAUGAGAUUGAUAAUUAUUUUGAUGAUGAUCCGAACAAAUCGGGAGAAUAUUAUUCUAUGAAUAUAUUAAAUACGUAUUGCCCUGGUAGUAACUGCAGUAGUGAUAAAGAAAAGAUUAUCUCUGGUUUUAUAAUGUUACUAAAUAUGCUUAAUGAUGAAUAUUUAGAAAGUGAUAAAAUUGUUGAAUACGCUAGUUUAUGGUUAAGUCAUAAACUAAAUCAAAAAAAAGAAAAUGGAAUCACCAAAUUAUACGAUUUUUAUGCCAAUAAUAUAGAAACAAAUAGUCUUUAUACGGGAAAUAUAUCUAAUAAUAGUGAUGAUCAUAUUAAUAUUGGUGUUAUAGAUAAAAAAAUAAAAUCGAUGGAUAUUGAUAUUAAAGAUAUAUCUAAUUUUUAUGAUGCAUUAAAAUCAUUAUGUAACAUGCAUAGUGAAAUUAAUGUAGAUAACUAUCAAUGCAAUAACUGUUUAGAAAAUGCUGGAGAAUUUUUUGAAAAAUGUGAAAAAGUUAAAAAUAUUUUUGAUAUUACUAAAGGAAGUUCUUAUUUACAACUAUGGAUAAGUUUAUCAAAUGAUUAUAAAAAUUUUGAAAGUAAUUAUAAUAGUCAUUUUUGUACUAAUGGCCCACCACUUGUAACUUGUUCACGAAGUUCAGUAACAAAAAAUACACUAAUUUCAAUUGCAAUUAUAUUUGUUGCAGCAUCAAUUUUAUUGGGAGUUUCUUAUAAGUAUUCGUUAUUUGGAUUUCGAAAACGAUCUCAAAAACAACAAUUAAGAGAAAUGCUAAAAAAAUAA